AGGUGCUUUGGGGAAGGGCAGGCAGGAAGGCAUUUUAGCUCAGGAGGGCGUCUGCUCUUCAGAGCCUCCGGGAAAGCCAGUGAGAGGGUACAGGACACCUGUGCAGGUGACGCAGCCGCGGGAACAGAGCCGGCUCCGGGGGAGAGGACACGACAUGGGGAACCGGGUCGGCAGAGAUGACUUUGAGUGGGUCUAUACAGAUCAGCCCCAUACAGAGAGAAGGAAGGAGAUCCUGGCCAAGUACCCGGAGAUCAAGCAGCUGAUGGGCCCGGAUUCCCAGCUGAAGUGGGUGGUGCUCCUGAUGGUGCUGACCCAGCUGGUGGCCUGCUACCUGGUGCAGGACCUGCCGUGGAAGUGGGUUUUCUUCUGGGCCUACGCCUUCGGCGGCUGCCUCAACCACUCCAUGACGCUGGCCAUCCACGACAUCUCCCACAACGUGGCCUUCGGCAACAAGGAGGCCAAGUGGAACCGCCUCUUCGGCAUGUUCGCCAACCUGCCCAUCGGGGUGCCCUACGCCACCUCCUUCAAGAAGUACCACGUGGACCACCACCGCUACCUGGCGGGGGACGGGCUGGAUGUGGAUGUGCCCACGGCCUUUGAGGGCCGGUUCUUCCACUCGCCGCCCCGCAAGCUCCUCUGGCUCUUCCUGCAGCCCUUCUUCUACAUCCUGCGGCCCAUCUACGUCAACCCCAAGCCCGUCACCUGCAUGGAGGUGAUCAACGUGGCCGUGCAGCUGGCCUACGACCUGCUGAUCUACGCCUUGUGGGGGCCCAAGCCCGUCAUCUACAUGGUCGCCGGCUCCUUGCUGGCCAUGGGGAUCCACCCCAUCUCCGGACACUUCAUCGCUGAGCACUACAUGUAUCUCAAGGGCUACGACACCUUCUCCUACUACGGCCCCUUGAACUGGCUGACCUUCAACGUGGGCUACCACGUGGAGCACCACGACUUCCCCAGCAUCCCCGGCAGCAGGCUGCCACUGGUGAAGAAGAUCGCGUCGGAGUACUACGACCACCUGCCCUACCACACCUCCUGGGUCUGCGUCCUGUGGGACUUCGUCUUCUGCGACUCGCUGGGGCCCUUCGCCCGGGUGAAGAGGAAGUACAAAGUGGCCAAGGCGGAGUGAAACAGGAGAGUCACUGAGCAGAGCUCCCAGGUCUCCAGGCUCCUGGGGGCUGGGGAUGGGGGGUUAUUUAUACCUGUGUCCUAACACCAGAGUUGCACACGCGUCAUUUCAGGGUCCAGUAUUGUCCAAGGCUGAGAUGAGAGUCGUUAGAUACCCCUCCUCCGACUUAGCUGCCCGCCCACCCAUGCCCCUUCCACCAACCAACACAGGGGGUGUGGUCACCAGCACUGGGGUGUGGCUGGGAAGAGGGCGUGGCUAGAGGAUCUCCUGGGAUCCUCACCUGCAGCUAUCAACCAGCGUAGAUUAGAGCAGUCUUCAGGCGCCUCUACACCAGGGACUACGAUGGCUUCCAGAGAGUUUUCAGGCCACCUUCUCUCCUUCCCCACUCCCCAACCUUCUUAUCACAUGGUCCCCCAGCCAGUCUGGAGAAUUGGGGCUGACACGUGUACACAGGUAUUCCUAAGGGCCACCAAAGAUACCACGAGACCCUUGCGCCAUCUUCAGGCUGCUGCUUGACAGGCCCGAUUCCUGCUCCUUCAAAGCGGUGUGACUCUGGAGCGACCCUACUGAAAUCAGUGGUGUUAUACAGGUAUGAAUCAGGGGGGCUGAGUCGUGCUUCGCCCGCUCUGCUGUAGACCAGGAGCAACUGCCCCGGGGCGUUGCAUGGGGCCUCAUAACAUUUGAA